ACAUUUACCGACUUGCUCUCGUGUGGAGCGAGUACUUUGCAGUACUUUUGUAUAAUCGAUUUUUUUACGUCACAAUCAGCUGACUGAACGUCAUAAUAUCGGGCAUGUGUCAUAAAAAAACGAUCAUGUCCGAUGCGACCAAUAAGAAGUGUCCAAGGUCCCCUUUUCGUAGGCGUAAUAUUGGUGAGCCACAAAGACCAAGACUCUCGAGACGAGUUAUAGCAACUGCAAGAGUCAAUCUCAACAGCUAUUGGUCCAAAUUUGAGGAGCUCUCAAAAGAAAACGUCCCAUUGGCCACCCAGCAAAUGCCUACUGCGUUCAUGUUUUCCACUUAUCAUGAUAACGCUAUCAACGAAAAUUUAAUCAACGAGAUCCUGGAUCUAUGCAAGAAUUGAUCAUCAUGUAGAUAUUUUUUUAUUAAUGGUAUGUAAUUUUGUACAUUAUUAGUUAUUUUUUCUAUUCUUUCACGAUUUUGUUUGCUUAAGCUGAGCUUUAAAGUGCAAUGCUAUAUAAAUGUGCAAUUUCAAAUUUUUUUAAUUUAGUUUUUUCCGUGCAAUCAUUUUUCGUGCAAUUUGUUUACGUGCAAUACAAAAUAAUAAUAGAAAUUUCUCAAUUAACAAUUUUUGGCUUUAAGUAAUAACGUGCAAUUUUAGCUUUAAUUUUUGUGAUAUUAUUUUUAUUUCUGUGAUACUUUUCUGUGUGAUAUUUUCAUUUAGAUUUAAAAACAAAAUAAUUAUUUGGAAAUUUCUGCUUUGACUGUGAUUUAGUAGGUAUGUUUCUGCAAAAAUCACAAACCAGUCAUUGGUUGAAAAUAGUCAGAAAACUAGUUUCAACAACCAAUGAAAUUCAUUCUGACUAGUUUGUGAUUUCUCCAAAAACAGACCUAAUAUUAUGUGAUAAUUUAUUAGAUUUUAGUUUCUGACAUAAAGCUUUACAUCUUUUGAUAGCACUCAGAAAUCAUAAACCAGUCAUUGACUGGUUUAUGAUUUCUGAGCAUGUAUAUUUUUUGACACCUUCUUAUUUGCUCAAGCUUUAAUAAUUAUUUUAUAACUAGUUUUUAUUAAAAUUUUAUUUUAAAAUUCUAAUAAAAACUGGGUGAUUUCUGACUCCGAUAGGGCUUUAAUUAGGUUUAUUAAGCAAUAUUUUUUUGGCUUUAAUUAAUUAAUUUAGUGAUUUAUAGCUUUAAAUUGUAUAAAAAACAAAUUAUAGGCCGAAUAUGUGUCAAUCAAAUUGUACAUAAAGCAUGCAAACUUAGCUUUAAGUUUAUCACUUUAUAGAUUUUAAGUUAGCACUUUUUUGUAGCAUCCUUGAAUGUAGCUUCUAACGAACAAAGUGCUCAUAAAGCUAUGUGAUUGGUUUAAUUUAGAUCUCUUUUUUGUAUUGUGUAAAAUAUAUUUGUUUUUCCUUCUGUGAUAUCAGCUUAACAAAAUGAUUUCGUUUUUAUAUUUUGUGUGUUUAAUUUUUAAGUUUAGUUUUUAGUUUUGUAUUUCUCACUCCGAUGAUCUUUCAUUUUAGUUUUUAGUAUUUUUUUUUUGUAUUAUUUGGUUUAUUUUUUUGUAAUAAAUAAAGGUUUUUGAAAUAA